UGGACCUAAGCUUAAAGCUUGGGGUAUUCAGUGGACCCUUCGGGGUAUUCAGUGGACCUCUGCGCAGUAGGGUUAGUACCGUGAUUAGAUCCGGUACAGUGUUGCUAGCACACCUCAGUGGACUCCAUAGCAUUGCGUGAUUUUCGAUUUAUGCAUUGCGCUUGUGACAUCAUAUUUGUGAGCAUAAUAUUUGUGAGCAUAAUAUUUGUGAGCAUAUGAUUUUAGUAUAUGAAUUCAAUUUAGACAUUUGUGCUUAUGAUUUGAGAAUUAUAAUAUUAUUUGAUUUGAUUCCGUUGUGUCUUGUGCUCUUUGUGUGGAUAGGUCUAAGGGUCUUAGAACCCAAGUUUAUAGCUUAAGCUUAUUACUUACUAGGCUGUGAGCUCAUAAAAUAUCCCCCCAUUUCAGAUCAGUAGAUUGAGGUAGCAGCAUCUCGGUUUAGGAGCUUUUGGCAUGGGACUCGCAUGCUCGUUGUAUGUACAAGCUAAGGCCUCGUGUUUUCGAUAGGGAGGCAGAUCGAUGUCUUACCAAAACCAUGACUCAGCUUUUGUUUUUUUGGAAAGCUUUGGAGAAGAAAUUUGCCUCAUAAUUUUUGUGUAAAUUAGCUUUAUGUAUAAAACUUUUAAAUUAAUUAUAAAUGAACUUAGCUUGG